UUCAAAUGCUGCAUUUCCUGGACUUCUGUCUGAAAUUCAAGUAUUAAACAUGGCAGCAGAGACCAAAGCCUCGAUGUUUGUCCUUCCUCUGGUUGGUGUUAAAGGGGGAGGGGCAUGAUGGACUUAGAGCUCAGACCACAACUUCCCCUGUUGGCAGUGAAGUAUGCAACGCUCGAGUGUUCACUCGAACUCAGACAGGAAAAAAAAACCCCAACCCACAAGUCGUCGUGUUUGCUGUGUGCUGGCCACUUAACAGAGUACCAGUUGUGUGUGUUGAGCCCGUGUUACCAUGACUGUGUGGGGCAGGAGCCCGUUACUGGUCGUCAUUCCUCUGUGGAUGAGUUUUGGGAGCGCCUCUGCCACUCUAACAGAGCCACAGGUCUGCUACGUGCUGGAUGGAAUCCUGUUUUUGUACGGCAUCAUCCUGACAGCUCUCUACUGCAGAAUCAAGAUCAACAAUGCUAAGGAGGCUGCAGCUGGGAACGCAAAGGGCAAGCAGAAUGUUGAAGAGGGCGUCUAUAUGGGUUUGACUCCUCAUGCCCAGGACACUUAUGAAACUAUUGGCAUGAAGAAGUGACACGACGAACGAAAGUCCAAGAAGUGCAUGCACAAGUGUUUGCUUCCCUUUUGCUUUUUUAGAAUUCGAGAAGUUAAGGACGACACAGAAACGGGGAAGUUGAGCACAAGAUGGGCACUCUCAGAAAACCCUUUUUAAAAGUAUUUUAGUUUUUUACAGCUCUGUUGCACAUAUUUAAUUUUCACGCAAACAUGUUUUGAAAACUGUAACGCUUCAGACACUUCUUGUAUCGUAAUGCAUACAAACAAAAAGAUGAAUGUCGUCGAUGGAUGUUAUAUUUCUAUUUGUAUAGUCUGUCCAACUAACUUCCUCUUUUAGGCCGUUUGAAAGAUGUCAGUCUUUUUGUGGCUCCAAAAGUAUUCUAGUUUUGUGCAAGAUGGUAGAAGGUGAAUACAGUUAAAGCUCCAGCAUUAUAGAAACACUGAGCAGUGUUUCCUGCACACCACAGGAUGGCAGUGAUGGUGUCUUUAGUGAAGUCCUUACCUGUCCAUACUCAAACACACACACACACACACACACACACACACACACACACACACACACAGGUGCCUGAAAGAAAUCAAGGAAAUAACACAGACUGCUGUAAAGUUUGCGACGUAAACUUCUGCCUGUAGGAUGCAUAGAGCUGUUAUACAUACAGAAAACCUAUUAAAUGUUCAACUUGCUUAUUAAA